AUGAGGGCGGGGCCGCAGCGUUCUGGCCCGGCCCGGGUCGUGUCGUACAUAUAUCCGACGAAUCCGUUUGGCCCACAGAAAGGUCUCGUCCAAGGCGCAACCCCGCAAUCGCGAUCGGAGUCAGCUAGACUACCCCACCUAGUUCUCUUCUCUUCUCUUCUCCUCCUCUCAUCCAUCUCGGUCUACGCAUCGGCUGCUCUACGACGCAGUUGA